GUACAGCCGUUUCAAUACGGGCAACAAAUUAUUUGUUUCUGUUUCUCCCUUGUGAUGGGACUUUGCAGGAUGAACGUUGCGAUUUAGAAGGGGCACGGGUGGCCAAUAAGGCCUGAAUUAGUCUGUAACAAGGUAGACACUGAUAAGCAGUUGACAGAUAUGGUGUUGUCGCUGCCAUUCAAUUCGCUCAACGCGUAAGGCCGCGAACAAAUCCAGGUUGGGUGUCCACGAAGCCGGUGCCAUGUUGUGGGAAAGUCAACGGUGACCGAUUCCGUGGUUAGGCUGCUCCCCUGCCACGCUAAUGUGGCAUUACAAUCACUGGCUCGGGGGCUCUUGCUGCCGCACGCCGUGCUAAAGUGGCAUUACAAUCACUGGCUCGGCUGUGCUGCCCCACGCUGGGCUAAUGUGGAAUUUCAACCACUGGCUCUGCCAGGGCCUAGGUGCACUGCAGUUUCAGUGUAGUCGCUGUAGACACACUUAUCGCAUCGUGACUGCACCGUGCGAUCGGUUGCGAUGCGUCUAAGCCAUGGGGUAUUUUUGUUGCAGUUGCAUGUAAUCGUAUGUGACUAGUUGGCCCGUGGCCGCCUUAGCGGUCACUAAAAGUUAUGUGCUGCGUGCUGCUCGUUUUUUUAUUCUAUGCUUAAACCUAGAGGUCAGCAACAAAAAAUAAGCAGAGCCAUUUUUCUAUUUGGUAAAAAACCCCUAAAUAUUUCAAGAGCCGCAAUGCCAUAUGAAUAUGAGACGGUGGGCCCAUAAUAAACAACUGUCACAAAGGAGCCCUUAAAGGGGCCGCAUGCGGCUCCGAAGCUGAUGAUUUUCCGACCCCUGGUUUUAACCUGAAACGGGGAAGUUGAACCCCACUUGUUAGACCCCAACCCCCUUAUUCUCGGCUCCACUACCCGUCCAAUUAUCAGAGCAUGUCUUGUUAGCAUGUUCACCACAAGUACGUGAGGUUAAUGCAGACUUCAUUCCUUGCAAAAUGUUUCUAUUUGGUGUUUGAACAUCUUAACAUCUCUUUUAUAGCCAGAAAGAGUAACACCUAGUCUUAUUUUUUCAUACUUUACAUCCAUUUGGUAUAAAGUGGUACUUUUAUAAUGCUACAGGUAUAUUAGCAAGGAGUGGUUUGUAACAGAAUGGGCCAUACUGGAAGAGAUCCUGUAACUAAUUACGUAGGAAAUUUAAAUACCGUUCAAUGUCAUUACGUACAUUCAAUGGAUUAUACAGUGACAACAAAAUUGAUCGCAACAUGGCAGUUAUAGCUACGUAUCUACUCCAUAUAUUUCAGUUCGUGUGUGUUUUUAUAACUAUGCUUACUGUAAUUGUUAUUUUUCAUAAUUGCGAUAGUACUGUAACUAUGCGAUGGCAUUGCUUAUGUGGCUAAGUUUGUGUGCAAGUUGUGUGUGUUUGGUGUUCACAUCAUACUAAUCACCGUGAAUGAUAAUUUAUUUUUGAUCGAGCACCUUUUGACGAUGGGUCGUCUCAGACCGCUUUACACACGAUAAUCGAUUUCUUUCUUUCGUAUAGCUGCUGAUGUAGAAGCAGAGCAACAACUACAAUUUCACAUUCAGGUGGUCAAGCCAGAUUACUGCAUUGGAUAAUGUAAUCUCAUCCCAUCUCAAACUUUUGAAAUGGCACCCCCAGUGGAACCUGUCCCUGUGGACACAAGGUGACAAGCACCUAGCUUGCAAAUCAAAUAUAUAUUUCAAAAAAUAUGUUAAUCCCAAUUGAGUAUUUUGUGGGUAAUUUCUCUCGAAUUUGGACCGAUACCAGCACAAAUGGCCUCGUUUCGAAUGACGUUUGGGGAUUCUUUCACGUCGACUGUAGCUUAUAUAUCUGCAGUAAUAACCAAGGCGGCCGCCGGCCUCAAACCACGAACCUCUGCAGCAAGCGGUGCUGGGCCACGUCAUUGUUGACUAUAUUGAAAUGAGCUUCUUGCCUGUGCAGUGCAAGGAGACGAUGGUGCACAGUUGAUCAUUGUGGGUGGCCAAGGAGAUGGAGUGGCCACUGGACCUGGCAAAUGUCCUCACCUCCUCGUCAGCCAAAGAGCGGGACAUCGAGGCAUUCCCGGUGAUCUCAGCCAGUGACCCAGAUGCUUCCUUCAUCUUCCAGCCACAACAGAUUAGUUUUGGAAAAGACAACCCGUUUUUUGAAGAUGGGGAUGUUUAUCGCCACAUGUACAUACGAGAUGCUCUAAGCAGCUAUGAAGAGGACAUCGAAUCGACUAAGGUGGAAGCUUUUGGAUGCCACAUAGCAGCCUGUGGGCAGGUGUUUGAUACACUGGCAAGCUACGACCACCAUUACAACGCAGCACACAGGCACGUGUGUAUGACGUGCCACCGCUCGUUCCCCUGCGGCCAUCUGCUGGAGGUGCAUAUCUCAGAGUGGCAUAACGUCCUCUUCGAUGUCAUGGCUCAACGGCAGAACAUGUACCGAUGCCUGGUGGAGAGCUGUGGAGAAAAAUUUGCGACGACCAAGCAUAGGAAGCAGCACCUGAUCAAGAUUCACAGCUACCCCUCCGACUUUCGCUUUGACCAACCUGCCAAAGGCCCCAAGCUCUCUAAAACAACUAAGCAAAUGCAGCCAAGCAAACAUGUAUCAGGGGUUCCAGGUGGCUGUGAAGGAAUGGACGAGAUUCCAGUUGAGGCCAUGGAUGUAUGUUCCGGCGGUGAUAGUGAGGUCUUAACCCCAAGCCCCGCCACCCGACACAACAGAGUACCUCAAACUAUCUGUUUUGGACAUGGCUCAGCGAGAACCUUCCAGCGAGGAAAGAAGAAGAGAUGACUGCUGUCCUUUUGCCUUGGCAGUUUUCUCGAACAAAACACCUUGCUUACAUUUUGUGUCCGUGUAUUUCCAGUGAUUUUAAGGAAUCAAUGUUAAUUAUGUUCUCAUACUUGCAGUUUGACAACAUUUGUGUUAUUAAUAAAGGCCUGCAUUGAAUGAUUGGCUCUGCUUUAAGUUAAUAAAAUACAGUCUUUAAUUUAUAUAUUUAAAUGAAUCACCAUUAAUCAAUUGUCAUUAGCAAACAAGCAAAGAAUAAGAAAUGGAAGCAGUGAUGAUAUUUUAUAACCUGACUUAUGGAUUAAGACUGAAGGAGGUGGUCAAAAGAUGCAUUCCUGAAAUCACUUGCUGAUGCCACUGCUGCUGGAAGGGCUUCUGGGGAGCCCCCUCUAGAUGGUAUUUUGAACUUUUCCACACUGGACAGAUGUUUUGGAGGUCAGAGUCUUCUUCUUUCGUAUGGAUUGCAGAUUAAAGAUGUAAUUUGAGAUGUUAUCCACUCAGUUGUUCAGAAGCGGAGUGUAUCUUGUCCAUUCCUCCUUUAAAGGAGUAAAGACAACAGCAGCGGCCGAUUGUUUACGAUUUGGUCGAUGGUUUGGGAUUCGUGGCCACACUCGCAGGCUGCCGAAUCUUUAAUGCGCCAUUUGUGCAUCGGGUGGCUGCAUUGCCCCUGCCCGCUCCUAAUUCGGUUGAUGGUUGACCCUUGGCGGCGUGGAAGGUUGAAACCGGGAGGUCGGAGUACCCACACUACACCACACACAACCUGCCAAUCGACUAACUGUGGUGUACACAUAUAUACUGAUGGGAGGACAGAGGGAUUUCAUAAACUUGCUCAUUGUUUCAACUGCCGUGCCUGGAGAUGAAACCGGCGACCUCUGGGUUGAUAGUCCAGUGUACUAACCAAUAACACCAUGGCAGCAUCCAGUGCAUGCUGGGAGAGUAGGCUAACACCCACUCUAAGUGGGUUCUAUAGAGCUCUUGGCCUUUCCACCAGCAGUGAAUGAAGAAAUUGCAGGGCUGCACGUUCAUAAAUAGCUUGAGUAUAUAUUUUUUGUAUAUGGAAUGUUCAAACAGUUGUGAUUUUUGAAGACAUUGCAAGUGGUGUGGAAUCGGUCAAUACACAUUAAUAUUUUAACAUCUUUGGAACUAUUGCAGCCAUUCAUAAACAAUGUUUUUGAUAUGCCUGCAAAAUUUAACAUUUUACACCCUGACAACAUUUCAAUGCUUGUGCUGGCUUCAACUUUUUAAUUACCCACAAUUUAUUUUUCAAGUACAGUUAUUUAUUUUUAUUUCUACAAAUUUCAUUGUAUUGCACACAAUACUGCAGAUGCCAUUUUUUAUCAUUCUGAUGUUGAUGAGCAUGGCAUUAAACUUAAGAGCAUAAUUGUCUUGGCCACUAACAUCUCUUGAUGUAAUCCAAUAU